AUGAUUACAGGGCAGCUGAGCAAGCCGCUGCUCUCCCUGCGCAGCAACAUGAGCGCGGCAGAACUCCGGGCGGAUGACAAAGCGGCCACCCCAGACAGCGAGCUGAACGACGAGCCCCUGCUCCUGCCCUCCGAGGCCACAGACAGAGAGGGCACUCCCAACAAGCUGUACGGAGCUCGUGACGGUUCGGUCCAGUCCGACGCCAGCAGCAGUCCCUCAGAGCAGAGUCAACUGGGCCAGUCUCACCCAGGAUACCCAAUGGGUCCACAGUCUCUCCUGGUGGCGCAGCAGCUGGCCAAUGCAGUAGGUGGCGUGAUGUCUGGGACAGCGCCAGGCAUGAACCAGCCCAUCCUCAUCCCCUUCAACGCAGGCGGGCACCUGGGCGGGCAGCAGGGCCUGGUCCUCUCUCUGCCCACGGCCAACAUCCAGAGCCUGGUGGCUGCUGCUGCUGCAGGGGGCAUCAUGACACUCCCCCUCCAGAACCUGCAAGCUACCUCAUCACUCAACUCCCAGCUCCAGCACCUGCAGCAGCUCCAACAGAUGCAGCAGCACCACCAGCAGCAGCAACAGCAGCAUCAGCAGCAUCAGCAGCAACACCAUCACCAACAGACCCACUCCCACACCCAGAACCAGCUGCCAACCCAGCAUCACAUGACCCCGCCCAACCAGCAGCAGACCUCUGUCCCGUCUCCAGGCUCUGCCUGCUCCUCCACCUCUGGACAGCCACAGCAGUCUCCACCACACCGACCCAACCAGUCACCGGCUCGCAGCCUUCCUUCUCCCGUCACCCCGCCCAUGCCUUUGCCCCUGAAUCCUCUGGCCAGCCAGGCGGCAGUAGCAGCAGCAGCAGCCAUGGGAUCAAUCGCUGGUUCUCAGGUGUUUGGCAACACCCUGUCAAACCUGCAAGGAGCCACCGGGCAGCUGGUCACCAAUGCACAAGGACAGAUAAUUGGAACAAUCCCACUGAUGCCCAACUCUGCAGGGCCCUCCAGCCAAUCAGGGGGGGGCAACCCAGCACUGCAGGUACAGCCAAUUACACCUCAGCUUCUGACCAACGCUCAAGGCCAGAUCAUCGCCACAGUGAUCGGCAAUCAGAUCCUGCCUGUCAUCAACACCCAGGGAAUCACACUGUCACCAAUCAAGCCUGGACAGCAGCUGCCUCAGGCUCAGCAGGCUCAGACAGGCCCUGCAUCAUCUCAGCCUAACCUGCUACACAUGCCCCACAGACAGAGUCCUCUCCACCAGGCCUCCUCCUCCUCCUCCACCUCCUCCUCUUCCUCGGCUCUCAGCGUGGGGCAGCUAGUCAGCAACCCGCAGACCGCCCCCAGCGAGGUGGACGGGGUCAACCUGGAGGAGAUCCGUGAAUUCGCCAAAGCAUUCAAGAUCCGCCGGCUGUCCCUGGGCCUGACACAGACUCAGGUGGGCCAGGCGCUCAGCGCCGCCGAGGGGCCGGCGUACAGUCAGUCUGCCAUCUGCAGACACACCAUCCUGAGAAGCCACUUUUUCCUACCACAGGAAGCCCAAGAGAACACUAUAGGUAGCAGUCUGACAGGCAAACUGAACCCUGGCCUUUUAUAUCCUGCCAGGUUUGAGAAGUUGGACAUCACCCCUAAAAGCGCCCAGAAGAUUAAGCCCGUUCUGGAGCGCUGGAUGGCCGAGGCUGAAGCCCGCCACCGAUCCGGCAUGCAGAACCUGACUGAGUUUAUCGGCAGCGAGCCCUCGAAAAAACGCAAGCGGAGGACCUCUUUCACCCCGCAGGCGCUCGAGAUCCUCAACAGCCACUUUGAGAAGAACACACACCCCUCUGGACAGGAAAUGACGGAAAUAGCCGAGAAACUGAACUAUGACAGGGAGGUGGUGCGUGUCUGGUUCUGCAACAAGAGGCAAGCCUUGAAAAACACAAUAAAGCGUUUGAAACAGCCCGAACUUGGCGCGGCUGCACCAAUGGACCCUCUCACUGAUUCUCUAGAGGAGCUCCCGAAAUGA